CCAAGGAGUGUGGGAGAACCGCUAGGGUGGCGGAGCUGCAACCCGGGCCGGGAUGGCGGCACAGCUCGCUCUGUGCCGGGAAACCGGGGCUGCCGGCCGGCGCUGGUUGGCUUUGCUGCCCCUGCUGCUGCUGGCGCGGCCCGCGGGGGCCCUGUUGGAGGGACUGUAUUGUGGCACGCGCGACUGCUAUGAGGUGCUGGGGGUGAGCCGCACGGCGAGCAAGGCGGAGAUCGCUCGGGCCUACCGCCAGCUGGCCCGGCGCUAUCACCCCGACCGCUACCGGCCGGAGCCCGGCGACGAGGGAGCCGGGCGGACGCCACAGAGCGCAGAGGAGGCCUUCCUGCUAGUGGCGACCGCCUACGAGACUCUCAAGGAUGAAGACACACGAAAAGAUUAUGACUACCUGCUGGAUCAUCCAGAAGAGUACUACAGCCAUUACUACCACUACUAUCGCAGGCGUUUAGCCCCUAAAGUGGAUGUUAGAGUUGUGAUUUUGGUCAGUGUUUGUGCUAUUUCAGUGUUUCAGUUUUUCAGCUGGUGGAAUAGCUACAAUAAGGCAAUCAGCUACCUAGCCACAGUGCCCAAGUACCGUAUCCAAGCUACAGAAAUCGCCAAGCAGCAGGGACUGCUAAAAAAAGCCAAAGAAAAAGGCAGAAACAAAAAGUCCAAAGAGGAAAUUCGUGAUGAGGAGGAGAACAUCAUAAAGAAUAUUAUCAAGAGUAAAAUAGAUAUAAAGGGAGGCUAUCAGAAGCCCCAAAUCCGUGAUCUUCUCCUGUUCCAAAUUAUCUUGGCUCCUUUUCACCUGUGCUCAUAUAUAGUCUGGUAUUGCCGGUGGGUCUAUAACUUUAACAUCAAAGGCAAAGAAUAUGGAGAGGAAGAGAGACUGUAUAUCAUACGUAAAUCUAUGAAGAUGUCGAAGUCUCAGUUUGACAGUCUAGAGGAUCAUCAGAAAGAAACCUUUCUUAAACGGGAGCUCUGGAUAAAGGAGAAUUAUGAGGUUUACAAACAAGAACAAGAGGAAGAACUGAAGAAAAAACUGGCAAAUGACCCUAGAUGGAAGAGAUACAGGAGAUGGAUGAAGAAUGAAGGGCCUGGACGGCUAACAUUUGUGGAUGACUGAAGAUCACUGGAAUGCUGCUAUGCCAAACCAUAAUUGUGAUGUUAUCUUCCCAUCUGAAUUAUUUUAGAAAUGUAUCAGUUGCUCCUCAGCAGUAACUAAAAUUCAAGUAUUUGAUUAAAAAGAAUAAUAUAGAAAUUUAAACUUUCCCCUAAAACUUUAUACAUAGGACAUUUAAUGAUUGUUCAAUUUUUAUAAUCUAUUUGUGGGUUUUGUUAAAAGAUUUGACAUGAAGAUUUAUUCAUUGCCAUUUAAAAAUUUUAUGUCUAGUUAAAAGAGUUGACAUGAAAAUUUAUUAGAUACCAUUUUAAAUUUUUAUGUGUUUGUUUAUUCUUCAAGAGUGUUUCCUCAUUCUUUGUUAUAGUGCUACAUUUUUCUGCUUUCAUGACCUCUAUAUUUUCACAGACAGAACACAAUUACAUUAUUUGUCUUUGCAGACUUAAUCUCCAGCAGAAUGCUCCAACUAUGUUAUCUUCAUUACAAUCAUUAUAGGAUUGAAAUAUGUUUUAAAAAAUCUCUCUAGGAGAGCCUUCUGCUGGAAUGCCUUUAUAAAAUAUUCUCCCUCACCCAUCGUUAUAGUAUUCCUCAUAAGAUCAAAACUCUCCAGGAGAGUGAGUCUACCAGCAUGUCCUUGUAGGAUGAUCUUGAUUACAGUCAUUAUAGGACUAUAACUGUAUUCUCCAACAUUUCUCCAGAAAGGACCUUAUAAAAAGGUCUUUUGUACCACAGUAUCACUUUUUUUUUUAAUUUAAAAAGUAAUGACAGGGCAGAAAUAGUGUUCUGAAAACUUGCUCAUAUAUUAUGAAGUCCUUGAGUGGUAAAAUCCAAGUGUUCAUAUAUGCAUUUAUAUGCAUUUAAACCAGAAAGAGGAGGUGCAUGGCUGGGUGCUUUACCGUUGAUCAGUGAAGUAUAAAUGUUUUUAUAUAUUAUAUGUGGAAGUGAAAGGAAUCCACACAUAAUUUGGCUCAAGCAAGCAUGAUACUGCACUGAAGUAUCAAUAUGCAUUCAUGGUAGUGAAUCAAUACUCCUGUUAAAGGAUUUAUCCCAUUGCUUUAUAUUAAUAAAAUGAUUGCAAUACACCACAAGUUUGUUGGUAUGGAAUUUUAAAUCAAAGAUUAACAUUAUCUUUUUAAUAUGUAAUUUUUAAAGACUAGUGUAGCAUAGUAGCUAUGCAGUGUUUUUCUAGCUAAAAUAAGUUAGUCCUUUCAAGAGUUCAGCCCUCAAAUUUACAGUAUACCAAGAAGCAGGAGGCCUGUGUUCCAACCUUGCUAAUACAGCCAAAGACUUUAGGCAAGUUACGUAAUCUGUGAGUGAGGGCUGCAGUUGCCUCACUUAUAAAGUUGGGGAGGAGUUUGACCAGAUGAUUACUACAGCUUUUCUGCAGCUCUGUGAUCUAGUACGGUAUUUACUUUUUUUGUAAACUAUAGAUGAAGGUGUUUUAUGCGUCCGUUCUUUUAUAGGAGGAUGGAGAAGGUACUGAGCUAAAGUAUAAGCAGCUAUGUUUUAAACUUCAAAUGUCCAACUCUUACCAUAGAUAAAUGCCUUUCAAAGGUACUGUGCUUGUAGAGUUAGCAAUCCUUAAUGAAUGCAUUAUCAGGUAAUUCACACAAAGUGGUACUCAUCAUCCAAGAACAUAUAUGCCAUAUGUUAUAAGGACCAAAAAGAAACGUAAGCUCUUCCCUCUCUGUUAAAAUUUCAAGGAGAUUUGUGAUUGACUCUGUAUUUUUUACCUAGUGAUAAGAAUAGUAGGACAGGAUAUGUUAGUGUUCAUAAAGGUGGUCUGAUGCACACAA